AUGGCAAAUGGUAAUGUCGUGGCAGGCACAGGCCUGGUCCGGUCGCCAGCCCAUCUUGGCGGUGGCGCGCACUGCAGUCAGGACGGCAGCAGUCUGAUCUCGAGCGUGGACGAGACCAAGGACCAAAACAAGGAGAAUGAAGACCCGAGCCGCUGUAGCAGCAGCCUGGGCAAGGUGGAGGGCAGGGACAUGCCCUGCACUCAGGUCUCCGAGGAGACCCUGACCCUGAGUCGCCCGAAAAAGAGCAAGAAAAAGAAGAAGAGAACGGCCCCCCAGGAGCAGCAGGCACCCCCCCAGGAGCAGCAGGCAUCCCCCCUCGACGACACCAACUCAGCAAAGCCUCUAUACCAGCCCGAAGAGUUGGCCAAGCUAAAGGCUAUGAUCAGCUCGGCGGAACGCCGCAGCCCCAACACUCUACCGGUAGCAUCCGCACCCAACUCGUUGAACAGCAUCCUUCGUCAGCAUCCCCGAACUCGCCUGUUCGUUUCCCCCAAGCGCUGGACCAGCCUGCACCUGGAGCUCCUUUGCACAUCCAUCGUCGACUAUGAGCACCCAGAGCCUGGCCCCCCCCGCCCGGCAAAAGACGAAAAGUGGCAACUGUAUGGUGCGUCGCGAUUCGUGAAGUGCCCCUGCCUCAAACAGAAGGUUCCCUACUUGUUCUUGAUGCUAUUCCUCAAUUGGGACCUGUGUCACUUCCAUCCCCCCGGAUCGAUCGACCCUUUCAAGAGCGAGCUCUACUUCCGGUAUGGCCACAUUAAACUCCGGCUUCCCGUCAAGGAGCUCUUCUACGAUGGCAUGGCACCAGGCCUCCCCGACUUCGACUCAAGGCCGGCGCCCUCGGUUGCCGUGGUCGACCUCCGAGAUGUCGCCCGUCGUGUCCUAGGUCCAGUACGGUACCAAAAAGGCAUUCAGUUAGAAAAAUGGGAACCCUACAUCCUUGGCGUCCUCAUCGCUCUUGCCUGUGGCAUCUACUGCCAGCAAAUCGAAUUGGGCGGGCUUGGCCAGACUGUGCGAGUCCAUGUCAUCAACUACUCCGAGGAGCUCGGACGCAGCGUGGUUCUCUAUAGCGCUGAUGUACCCUUUGAGUUCGUCCUCAAGUUUCUCACCCCGUCCUCGUUCGUCGCUGCUGGCCCGCUCGAGAUUCGGCGCACCCGCGUCUGGUUCAACGACGAGCAUGAUAUCGUACCCUUCCUCGACAAGAUGUACAGUGUGAAGCGCUGCAGAGGGUACACGAAAGAUCAUGCACGCAACUGA